GGCAGGGAACCCGCAGGGCCCCAUAGAGGAGCUGCGGGACCCAUGGGACAUGUGGGGAGGGGGGGGGGGCAACGCCGUGGGGCACGGGUCCUGUGGGGCCGCCGUGGGGCAGCCGUGGGGCCGUGCCCGCCGUGGGGCCGUGCGACAGGAAUUCCGCUAGUUCUGAACUGUCCUGGCCGCGAGCUCACUACUAGCAGAACUCGGCCGCGCGGCCCCCCCGCCGUGGGGCGCCCCACACCGCUGCCCCCCCCCCCCCCCACUGCCCCCCAACAAACACUCGUGGGGCCGGGGGCUGCGUCUCCAGCGUUUAAUGCUGCGGGGGUUCUGUACAACGGAGCCGGGGGGCUGCCCCACGGCGGCCGCCCCACACUUGGGGGGCAGCCCCAGCCCCACGCUGCUGGGGGGGAGCCCAGGGUGUGGGGCUGGGGCCAGGCUCGCCGUGGGGCUGGGCUUGCCGUGGGGCUGGGCUUGCCGUGGGGCAGAGCCCGCCGUGGGGCAGAGCCAGCCGUGGGGCUGAGCCAGCUGUGGGGCAGAGCCCACCAUGGGGCUGGGCUUGCUGUGGGGCUGGGCUUGCCGUGGGGCAGAGCCAGCCGUGGGGCAGAGCCAGCCGUGGGGCUGGGCUCGCCAUGGGGCUGGGCUUGCCGUGGGGCUGGGCUUGCCGUGGGGCAGAGCCAGCCGUGGGGCAGAGCCAGCCAUGGGGCAGAGCCCGCCGUGGGGCUGAGCCCGCCGUGGGGCAGCCUACGCGGGCGAGACCUGGCUGGAGGAGACGGAGGAGACCUGGGUGGCCUGCGAGGAGCCCGAGACGUCGUCCUCGUCCCCGAAGGGGCUCCUCCCGCAGAACACCAGCUUCAGCAUGCACGAGCGGAACUGCGGGCGGCCAGACCCAUAGCGACAGCGCGACCCACGGCACCGCGACCCACGGCACCGCAACCCAUAGAGGUACCGUGACCCAUAGUGACCCCCUGACCCAUAGCGACACCGUGACCCAUAGUGACCCCCUGACCCAUAGCAACUCUGCGACCCACGGCACCAUGACCCACGGCACCGUGACCC